CACUGCCUGUCGCGUCCGAUCUGCCAUUGCGACAUAUAAAAGCACUGGCGACUCCUCUUCCACAAUCUGCCAAUUCUCCACACCAACGACAGGUUUAACCAACAAGGCCGGGUGAAUAGACAUGUCUCCGCCGCUCGCACGAAAGCUCGCGGCUAGUCAACUGCCGAAAUGUACUUCAGCAGCUUACAGAGCUCCAGUGCGCGCUGCUGGCCGGCGGACAUAUUGCGCAACGGGCUUGGUGGCCGAAAGUAGGCCAAGUAGAAAUACGUUACAGGCUUCGCGAAGAACUAUACCAGGCAUUGAGUUUUUCACCACAUCAGCUCAGAGACGAUCAUUCGCAAGCACAUCAUCCAAGAUGACGAGCUUACAAGAGAUCAAGAAGAACUGCCGCAAGGUUGUCUGCAUUGGACGCAACUACGCCGACCACGUAACAGAACUCAACAACCAACGGCCCAAACAACCCUUCUUCUUCCUCAAGCCCCCCUCAUCGAUCCUCCUCCCCGACGAAGGCCCCAUCCUCCGCCCCAAGGGCGUAACCCUCCACUUCGAAAUCGAGCUCGGAAUCGUCAUCGGCAAAACUGUCAAAGACCUCUCCGAAAAUGAUGAAGCGGGCUGGAAAGAUGCCAUUGGAUCCUACAUCACAGGCAUCGACAUGACAGGUCGAAACGUGCAAGAAGAGGCGAAGAAACGCGGCCUUCCCUGGUCAAUUGCCAAAGGCUUCGAUACCUUUUUGCCAAUUGCAGGGCCUGUGCGGAAAGAGGAUAUCAAGGAUCCGCAUAAUGUGGAAUUGUACUUGAAGGUUAAUGGGGAGACGAAACAGAAUGAUAAUACCGAGUUGAUGUUGUUCAGGAUUGGGAGGCAGCUGGCGGAUAUUAGUAAGGUGAUGACGUUGGAGGAGGGAGAUAUUGUGCUCACGGGGACGCCGAAGGGUGUGGGGCCUGUGGUUACGGGGGAUGUGAUGGAGGCGGGGUUGAUUGUUGAUGGGAAGGAGGUGGAGCAGGCGAAGAUUCGAGUGGAGGUGAGGGAUCGUGAGUCAGAGUAUGAGUUUACGCCGACGUAUUAGAUGGAGGGCAUACAGCAGCCCUGAAAUUCGAGACAAUUUUGAGACGCUUGAAGGGAAGUGAGCAGAUGAG